CGCCGCCGCCGCCGCCGCCGCCGCCGCCACCGCCGGCCCAUGACUGCGCCCCGCCGCCGCCGGCCGAGGAAUGGGCUCCGGGCUCUGGUAGGAAGCGCGGGGAGCGGGGGGCGCUUUUAAAACACCGAUCUGGGUUUUCUUUAAAACCUCCUUUGAAAAAAUAAUGGCAAACUCGACGGGGAAGGCGCCUCCGGACGAGCGGAGAAAGGGACUCGCUUUCCUGGACGAGCUGCGGCAGUUCCACCACAGCCGAGGGUCGCCUUUCAAGAAAAUCCCCGCGGUGGGUGGGAAGGAGCUGGAUCUGCACGGUCUCUACACCAGAGUCACUACUUUAGGCGGAUUCGCGAAGGUUUCUGAGAAGAAUCAGUGGGGAGAAAUUGUUGAAGAGUUCAACUUUCCCAGAAGUUGUUCUAACGCUGCCUUUGCUUUAAAACAGUAUUACUUGCGGAAUGAAAAAGGAGUGAAGAAGUGGAAGAUUGAGAGGACAAAUGCUAGCUCUCUUUUAAGAAAGGUUUCUGGAAGCUGUCAUAGUUACCUAGAAAAGUACGAGAAAGUUCAUCAUUUUGGGGAGGAUGAUGAUGAAGUACCACCAGGCAAUCCAAAGCCACAGCUUCCUAUUGGUGCAAUUCCAUCUUCCUACAAUUACCAGCAACACAGUGUAUCAGAUUAUCUUCGUCAAAGUUAUGGGCUAUCUAUGGACUUCAAUUCGCCAAAUGAUUAUAACAAAUUGGUGCUUUCACUGUUAUCUGGACUCCCAAAUGAAGUGGAUUUUGCUAUUAAUGUAUGCACUCUUCUGUCAAAUGAAAGCAAACAUGUCAUGCAACUUGAAAAAGACCCUAAAAUCAUCACUUUAUUACUUGCUAAUGCUGGGGUGUUUGACGACACUUUAGGAUCCUUUUCUACUGUAUUUGGAGAAGAAUGGAAGGAGAAGACUGAUAGAGAUUUUGUUAAGUUUUGGAAAGACAUUGUUGAUGAUAAUGAAGUCCGUGACCUUAUUUCUGAUAGAAACAAGUCUCAUGAAGGUGCAUCAGGAGAAUGGAUUUGGGAGUCUUUAUUUCAUCCACCUCGAAAGCUGGGCAUUAAUGAUAUUGAAGGACAGCGGGUACUUCAGAUUGCAGUGAUUUUGCGAAACCUUUCUUUUGAGGAGGGAAAUGUUAAGCUCUUGGCAGCUAAUCGUACCUGUCUUCGUUUCCUAUUACUUUCUGCACAUAGUCAUUUUAUUUCCCUAAGGCAAUUAGGCCUUGACACAUUAGGAAAUAUUGCAGCUGAGCUUUUAUUGGAUCCUGUUGAUUUCAAAACUACUCAUCUGAUGUUUCAUACUGUUACAAAAUGCCUAAUGUCAAGGGAUAGAUUUUUAAAGAUGAGGGGCAUGGAAAUUUUGGGAAAUCUUUGCAAAGCAGAAGAUAAUGGUGUUUUGAUUUGUGAAUAUGUCGAUCAGGACUCAUACAGAGAGAUCAUUUGUCAUCUCACUUUACCUGAUGUACUGCUCGUAAUCUCAACACUCGAGGUGCUAUAUAUGCUCACAGAAAUGGGAGAUGUAGCUUGUACAAAAAUUGCUAAAGUAGAAAAGAGCAUAGACAUGUUAGUAUGUCUAGUUUCUAUGGAUAUUCAAAUGUUUGGCCCUGAUGCACUAGCUGCAGUAAAACUCGUUGAACAUCCAAGUUCCAGUCAUCAAGUUUUAUCUGAAAUUAGGACGCAAGCUGUAGAGCAAGUUCAAACCCAGAUCCAUGUAGCAGCUGCCCCAGCUUCCAGAGCAGUUGUAGCACAGCAUGUUGCUCCACCUCCAGGAAUAGUGGAAAUAGAUAGUGAGAAGUUUGCUUGUCAGUGGCUAAAUGCUCAUUUUGAAGUAAAUCCAGAUUGUUCUGUCUCUCGAGCAGAAAUGUAUUCUGAGUACCUCUCAACUUGCAGUAAAUUAGCUCGUGGUGGAAUCCUAACAUCAACUGGAUUUUAUAAAUGUCUUAGAACGGUGUUUCCAAAUCAUUCAGUGAAGAGAGUGGAGGAUUCCAGUAAUAGUGGGCAGGCGCAUAUUCAUGUAGUAGGAGUAAAACGGAGGGCUAUACCACUUCCCAUUCAGAUGUACUAUCAGCAGCAACCAGUUUCUACUCCUGUUGUUCGUGUUGAUUCUGUUCCUGAUAUAUCUACAAGUCCUUCACCUGCAGGAAUCCCUCAUGGACCACAAACUGUAGGAAACCAUUUUCAGAGGACUCCUGUUACCAAUCAAUCUUCAAAUUUGACUGCAACACAAAUGUCUUUUCCAGUACAAGGUGUUCAUACUAUGGCACAGACUGUUUCAAGAAUUCCACCAAAUCCUUCAGUUCAUACCCACCAGCAACAAAAUGCUCCGGUGACUGUCAUUCAAAAUAAAGCUCCAAUUCCUUGUGAAGUUGUUAAGGCUACAAUGAUCCAGAAUUCUAUACCCCAGACGGCAGUUCCUGUUAGUAUUGCUGUAGGAGGAGGAGCUGCACAGAGUUCUGUGGUUCAGAAUCAUAGUACAGGGCCACAGCCUGUUACAGUUGUAAAUUCCCAGACAUUGCUUCAUCAUCCAUCUGUAAUUCCACAACAGUCUCCAUUACAUACCGUGGUACCAGGUCAGAUACCUUCUGGCACUCCUGUUACUGUAAUUCAACAAACUGUCCCACAGAGUCAUAUCUUUGGCAGAGUACAGACCAUGCCAGCAUGUACUUCUACAGUUUCACAGGGUCAACAGUUGAUCACCACAUCACCCCAACCUGUGCAAACUUCAUCUCAACAGACAUCAGCUGGUAGCCAGCCACAAGACACUGUUAUCAUAGCACCCCCACAGUAUGUAACAACUUCUGCAUCUAAUAUUGUCUCAGCAACUUCAGUACAGAAUUUUCAGGUAGCUACAGGACAAAUGGUUACUAUUGCUGGUGUCCCAAGUCCACAACCCUCAAGGGUAGGGUUUCAGAAUAUUGCACCAAAACCUCUCCCUUCUCAGCAAGUUUCAUCAACGGUGGUACAACAGCCUAUUCAACAACCACAGCAGCCAACCCAACAAAGUGUAGUGAUUGUAAGCCAGCCAGCUCAACAAGGUCAGACUUAUGCACCAGCCAUUCACCAAAUUGUUCUUGCUAAUCCAGCAGCUCUUCCAGCUGGUCAGACAGUUCAGCUAACUGGACAACCAAACAUAACUCCAUCUUCCUCACCAUCACCUGUCCCAGCUUCUAAUAACCAAGUCCCUACUGUCAUGUCAUCUUCUUCCACCCCUCAAUCACAGGGACCACCUCCUACUGUCAGUCAAAUGCUAUCUGUGAAAAGACAGCAGCAGCAGCAUUCACCAGCACCUCCACCUCAGCAGGUACAAGUACAAGUUCAGCAGCCACAAGUACAGAUGCAAGUUCAACCACAGCAAACAAAUGCAGUUGGUCAGCCUGCUUCUGGUGAGUCAAGCCUAAUAAAACAGUUGCUGCUUCCAAAACGUGGUCCUUCAACUCCAGGUGGUAAGCUUAUUCUCCCAGCUCCACAGGUUCCUCCCCCUAAUAAUGCAAGAGCGCCUAGCCCUCAGGUGGUAUACCAGGUGGCCAAUAACCAAGCAGCAGGUUUUGGAAUGCAGGGGCAAACUCCAGCACAGCAGCUGUUAGUUGGGCAGCAAAAUGUUCAGUUGGUCCAAGGUGCAAUGCCAUCCACAGGGGGAGUGCAAACCGUGCCCAUCUCGAACUUACAAAUAUUGCCAGGUCCACUGAUCUCAAAUAGCCCAGCAACCAUUUUCCAAGGGACUUCAGGCAACCAGGUAACCAUAACAGUUGUGCCAAAUACAAGUUUUGCAACUGCAACUGUGAGUCAGGGAAAUGGAACUCAGCUAAUUGCUCCAGCAGGAAUUACCAUGAGCGGGACCCAGGCAGGAGUUGGACUUCAGGUGCAAACACUUCCAGCCAGUCAAGCAUCUCCAGCUGGACAAUCAUCUUGUACUACUGCUACUCCCCCAUUCAAAGGUGAUAAAAUAAUUUGCCAAAAGGAGGAGGAAGCAAAAGAAGCAACAGGUUUACAUGUUCAUGAACGUAAAAUUGAAGUCAUGGAGAACCCGUCCUGCAGACGAGGAACCAUGAACACCAGCAAUGGGGAUACAAAAGAAAAUGAAAUGCAGGUGGGAAGUCUUUUAAAUGGGAGAAAGUACAGUGACUCAAGUCUACCUCCUUCAAACUCAGGGAAAAUUCAAAGUGAGGCUAAUCAGUGCUCACUAAUUAGUAAUGGGCCAUCAUUAGAAUUAGGUGAAAAUGGAGCAUCUGGAAAACAGAACUCAGAACAAGUGGACAUGCAGGAUAUCAAAAGUGAUUUGAGAAAACCUUUAGUUAAUGGAAUCUGUGAUUUUGAUAAAGGAGAUGGUUCUCAUUUAAGCAAAAACAUUCCAAAUCACAAAACUUCCAAUCAUGUAGGAAAUGGUGAGAUAUCUCCAAUGGAACCACAAGGGACACUAGAUGCCACUCAGCAAGAUACUGCCAAAGGUGAUCAACUAGAAAGAAUUUCUAAUGGACCUGUAUUAACUUUGGGUGGUUCACCAUCUGUGAGCAGUAUACAGGAGACUUCAAAUGUGGCAACACAGCAAUUUAGUGGUACUGAUUUGCCUAAUGGACCUCUAACUUCAAGUUUGAAUUCAGAUGUGCCUCAGCAACGCCCAAGUGUGGUUGUCUCACCACAUUCUACAACCUCUGUCAUACAGGGGCAUCAAAUUAUAGUUCCCCACUCAGGAUCAAGAGUGUCCCAUUCUCCUGCCCUACCAUCUGAUGUUCGGUCUACAAAUGGCACAGCAGAAUGCAAAACUGUAAAGAGGCCAGCAGAGGAUAAUGAUAGGGAAACAGUCACAGGAAUUCCAAAUAAAGUAGGUGUUAGAAUUGUUACAAUCAGUGACCCCAACAAUGCUGGCUGCAGUGCAACAAUGGUUGCUGUGCCAGCAGGAGCAGAUCCAAGCACUGUAGCUAAAGUAGCAAUAGAAAGUGCUGUUCAGCAAAAGCAGCAGCAGCCAUCAUCAUACAUACAGAAUGUGGUCCCACAGAACACUCCUAUGACGCCUUCACCAGCUGUACAAGUGCAGAGCCAGCCUAACAGUUCUCAGCCUUCUCCAUUCAGUGCAUCUAGUCAACAUGGGGAUUCAGUGAGAAAACCUGGACACAACUUCAUGUGUCUGUGGCAGUCUUGUAAAAAGUGGUUUCAGACACCCUCACAGGUUUUCUACCAUGCAGCGACUGAACAUGGAGGAAAAGAUGUAUAUCCAGGGCAGUGUCUGUGGGAAGGUUGUGAGCCUUUUCAGCGACAAAGGUUUUCUUUUAUUACCCACUUACAGGAUAAGCACUGUUCAAAGGAUGCCCUGCUUGCAGGAUUAAAACAAGAUGAACCAGGACAAGCAGGAAGUCAAAAACCUUCUACCAAGCAGCCAGUUGUAGGGGGCACAAGCUCAACUCCUAGAGCACAAAAGGCCAUUGUGAAUCAUCCCAGUGCUGCCCUUAUGGCUCUAAGGAGAGGAUCAAGAAACCUCGUCUUUCGAGAUUUUACAGAUGAAAAAGAGGGACCAAUAACUAAACACAUCCGACUAACAGCUGCCUUAAUAUUAAAAAACAUUGGUAAAUAUUCAGAAUGUGGUCGCAGAUUGUUAAAGAGACAUGAAAACAACCUAUCUGUGCUAGCCAUUAGUAACAUGGAAGCGUCCUCCACCCUUGCCAAAUGCCUUUACGAACUUAACUUUACAGUUCAGAGUAAAGAACAAGAAAAAGACUCAGAGAUGCUGCAGUGAAAAAUAAUUCCACUUCUGUAGUGGGGAACUCAAAGUCAGAUACAUUUCACAUGUUACUGAAGAAAGCACCAAGUCUUAAUGGAGCAGAGACCAUAGAAUGAAUUAUUUUAUCUCCUCCCAUGAUGCUGAGAGGAAGCUUCGUAUUCUGAUCCCUGAGUGAUCCCUUUGUUCUGUUUUAAAAAAAAUCUAAAAAGAAAAAGAAAAAAAAAAAACUGCUGUGGGAUUGUCAACCAGCUUAUCUGCAGGAUGUCUCUCAGAUCUGAUAAAUCCUGAUGGAAACUGGUAUGAUCAGAAUUCAGUACCAUCCACAUUGGAAUAUACAUGGAAUAUUGUAAAACCUACAUGAGCAGAUGAAAUAGAAGCAUUAAAUAUUUUUAUCUAUAUCCAAAAAGGAGCACAUUUUUAUAUUUACAAAACCGUUUAAGCUGGUUUGAAUAAUUAAAAAAAAAAAGUUUCAGCACACCUAUACCCCGUAUCUCCAAGGGGGCCACUAAUAUCUAGAUAUGGAUUGUGUGUUUUGUUUAGAAAUCAGUAGCUUGGUUUUCUUACUUGAGCCAAUAUAUUUUCACUUAUUUAUUAUCAUAAAAAUUUACCAGUCUGAAUAGAUCCUGUAAAUAUUUGUGAAUAGAAUGAACACCUUUCAUGCCACUGCAGCCACUGGAAAUACAUUCUGUGGUGUCCUAGAAGCAUUACUGGUAGGUCCUAAAGUUUUCUAGACUUUCCUGUCAAUUGUAAGUAAUUGUGAUAUAUUCUAUGCAGUGGAUGAAUGUUCUUUAAAUUUGUGUAAAUACUUCUGCAAAGGUACUGAUGCUGUAAAGUCAAAACAGUUGUGGAACUGUGAUUUUUUUUUUUUUCCUUUUCUUUUUUUGUAUUAUACACCUUGUUAGAACUCAUUUUGCUGGCUGAAAGAGUAAUGAAUAAUAUAUCUCAUGUCAUUUUUGUAGAAGAAAAACUAUUUGAAGGUAUUUUUUGGUUUUCCCUAACAUGUAUCCACUGUAAACGUUUGUCAUGUGCAAGCUCAAAGCUUGGACAGAAUUUUUUUGUAUUUGUAAAUUGGUUUAAAUACAUGGAAUUUUAUACAGGUUUUCUCCUGUGUUAUAUAUGCAUUAUGUGCAGGUAUGAUAUUUUCUUCACUACUUUUUCUAUCUUAAUAUAGUGUGGAAUUUUAUUGUAUUAUUCUUCCAUUCUUAAUACUGUAUCACAUUCCUGCUCAGAAACUGCUCACUUCCUUAUUAAAUUGUCUUUUCUCCUCAGCGUGACAUGUAUCCAUUUAUAACUGCCUAUUGCCUGUUCUAUUAGCACCCAAGAGUGUGGAAGGCCUCCAGCCACCAUUUCUGCUGUGUCAUUAGGAUGUGCAGUAAAAAUAGAGACCUAACAGUUAUGUUAUAGAAUGGCUUUAUUUACUUUGGUGACUGUUUAUAGUUUUUAAAUAAAAGACUGAACAUUU